AGAGCAGGCAGCCAUGGACUUGCCAAACCCACACAUAGCACUGUUUGCAAGCCCCGGCAUGGGCCAUCUCAUCCCUCUGGUAGCCCUCUCCAAGCGCUUGUUCUCCCUGCACGGCUUCCACUCCACCAUCUUCAUCGUCUCAACCUCACCCCCCUCCUCUAAAGCUAUCCAAUCCAAACUCGAUUCCUUACAACUCCCCUCCGCCAUCAACGUCGUCCAUCUCUCACCGCCCGAUGUCUCCGCCUUCGUCACUCCCCAAACAGCCAUCGUCCCCCAAAUGGGGUCCACGUUGCCCCGUGCAGAUGCGAUAUUGAUAAACACGUGGGAGGAUUUCGAGCCAAGGACACUCAAAGCCCUUCGAGAGAAUCCAAUCCUACGUCGGAUCAUGCCCCUGCCGGUUUAUCCGGUUGGACCUUUAGUGAGAUCAUCCGGUCUACCUUGUGACCAAUCAUCACGGGUAGAUUGUCUGGAUUGGCUGGACGAACAACCCGUGGAAUCGGUGAUUUACGUAUCGUUUGGAAGCGGUGGAACGUUGUCGGAGGAGCAACUCACUGAGUUGGCUUUGGGUUUGGAGAUGAGUGGGAGCCGAUUCCUUUGGGUGGUUCGAGACGAAGGUGUUGGGAUGUCAAAAUACUUGCCGGACGGGUUCUUGACCCGAACCCGAGAAGUGGGAUUGGUUGUACCCAUGUGGGCUCCACAGGUGGAGGUGUUGAGACAUCCAUCGGUUGGAGGUUUCAUAUCUCAUUGCGGGUGGAACUCGACGCUGGAAAGCAUGAUGAACGGAGUGCCGAUGAUCACGUGGCCGCUGUACGCGGAGCAGAGGAUGAAUGCGGCAAUGCUGGCGGAGGAUGUAGGGGUGGGUUUGAGAACGAAGGAGCUGCCGACGAAGAAGGUGGUGGGAAUGGAAGAGAUAGAGAAGCUGGUGAGGUUUGUAAUGGGGAAGGAAGGGGAAGGAAUGAGGAAAAGAAUAAAGGAAGUGAAGGAGAGUGGGUUGAGAGCGGUGGGUGAAGGUGGGUCUUCUCGGGAUUGGUUGUCUCAUGUUGCGCAGGAGUGGAAGAAGAUUGGUUAUAAUAAAGCAAACGCAAUGAAGAGGAGUUGGGAGGGAGAUAAGGAUGAAACAGAGUUUUCUCCCGCCAUAUCUCAAUCCCAUGCGAUCAAGAGAAAAGCUCAGCAGGCCGCCAUGGAGUUGCCAAACCCACACAUAGCACUGUUUGCAAGCCCCGGCAUGGGCCAUCUCAUCCCUCUGGUAGCCCUCUCCGAGCGCUUGCUCUCCCUGCAUGGCUUCCACUCCACCAUCUUCGUCGCCUCAACCUCAGCCCCCUCCUCUAAAGCUAUCCAAUCCAAACUCGAUUCCCUACAGCUUCCCUCCGCCAUCAACGUCAUCCAUCUCUCGCCGCCUGAUAUUUCCGCCCUCGUCACUGCCCAAACAGCCGCCGUCCCCCGUAUCCACAUCACAGUCAGAGAAUCAAUCUCAGCCUUAAGAGCUGCAAUUACUGCCAUGUCACCGCAGCCCAUUGUCCUGGUCGUCGAAACGUUCGGCACCGCCGCUUUCUCCAUCGCAGAAGAGCUUGGCAUCCCCAAAUACGUUUACAUCCCGUCGACGGCAGCAUACUCGGCGUUGAUGGUGUGCGUGCCAACGCUGCAUAACGAGAUAAAGGGCGAGUACGUGGACAUGCAAGAGCCGGUUCGAAUACCCGGUUGCAAGCCGAUUCGGGUGGAGGAUCUGGUAGAAUCCAUGAUGGACCGGAAGAUUGAGCAGUACGACUGCUGUUUAUAUAUGGGGUCCACGUUGCCCCUUGCAGAUGCGUUACUGAUAAACACGUGGGAGGAUUUAGAGCCAACCACACUCAAAGCCCUUCGAGAGGAUCCAAUCCUAAGUCGGAUCAUUCCCCUGCCGGUUUAUCCGGUUGGACCAUUAGUGAUAUCAUCCGGUCUACCUUGUGAUCAAUCAUCACGUGUAGAUUGUCUGGAUUGGCUGGACAAACAACCCGUGGAAUCGGUGAUUUAUGUAUCGUUUGGAAGCGGUGGAACGUUGUCGGAGGAGCAACUCACUGAGUUGGCUAUGGGGUUGGAGAUGAGUGGGAGUCGAUUCCUUUGGGUGGUGCGUCCGCCAGCUGGGAAGGACGGGGCUUUCUUCAACGUCGGGAGGAGCGGCGGAGAUGAAGGUGUAGGGAUGUCAAAGUACUUGCCGGACGGGUUCUUGACCCGAACCCGAGAAGUGGGAUUGGUUGUACCUAUGUGGGCCCCGCAGGUGGAGGUGUUGAGCCAUCCAUCGAUUGGAGGGUUCUUAUCACAUUGUGGGUGGAGCUCGACGCUGGAAAGCAUAGUGAACGGAGUGCCGAUGAUCGCGUGGCCGCUGUACGCGGAGCAGAGGAUGAAUGCGGCGAUGCUAGAGGAGGAAGUAGGGGUGGGGGUGAGAACGAAAGAGUUGCCAACGAAGAGGGUUGUGGGAAGGGAAGAGAUAGAGAAGCUGGUGAGAUUUGUGAUGGAAAAGGAGGGGGAAGGGGAAGCAGUACUGAGGAGAAAAAUGAAAGAACUGAAGGAGAGUGGGUUGAGAGCGGUCGGGGAGGGUGGGUCUUCUCGGGAUUGGCUCUCUCAUGUUGCGCAACAGUGGAAGAUUGGUUAUGCUAAAGCAAAGGCAGGGGAGAGGGGAGAGAGCUUCACAAUUUUUUGGAGCCUCAUUCUCCCUCUCUCUUGUGUGUGA